AUGGCCCAGCCGGCUAAAUCGUCGAAUGCCAUCUCAGAACUGGUCGAGCAUUUUCGCCUUGACGCACAAUGUCAUGACGACCACACUCUGGUCUCUCUUCCCGUCCGCGGUCGUCGCGGCGAGAAGAGACAAGAGAAAUGGACAAGGAUAAAAGCUCUAGGUCAGGGCUCAUUUGGUAUUGUAUGGCUGGAGCAAAAGGUUGGCGAGGACACAAAAGAAGUGAGAGCUAUUAAAGAAAUUAGAAAAGGCAUGGGUCACCGACUUUCUUUCAACAUUGACUAUGCCCGCGAGCUGUACGCAAUGGCGAGGCUGACACGGCACACCGACUAUUUUGCCGAGUUCUACGGCUGGUACGAAAAUGAUGGCGCCGUCUUCCUUUCGAUGGAAUACUUUCCGCACGGCGACUUGGCAAACUGCAUUCGCGCACCAGUUUUGGAGUCGGAGGCGCAAGAGAUCGUCCGUCAACUGCUGGCGGGUCUUCAGGUCAUCCACGAACAUGGGAUAACACACCGAGACCUCAAACCUCAGAACAUCUUCGUGGUCGAGAAAUCACCAACCUGGUGGGUCAAGAUCGGAGAUUUUGGUAUCAGUAAGCGCAUUGGGGGGAACAGCACGUACCUCCAUACCGCCAUUGGUACAGAACUAUUCAUGGCGCCAGAAGUUCUGGAUGAGGACAAUCUUGAAGGGUAUACAAAUGCCGUCGACAUAUGGGCGCUUGGUUGUGUACUAUACCUGUUACUUGCUUGGACCACGCCAUUUCCGGUCAAGAAAAGCAUACGUCUAUACGCCGCAGGCAAAAUUGAGUGUCCAAUACAACCUCUUCGUGAUCAAGGUGCCACCUUGGCCGCAGUUACCUUCGCGGAGAUGCUACUUGCUGCUCAUCCAGAAGACCGGCCUUCCGCUAAAGACGCCAGACAGUUACCUUGGAUGAGCAUUGACGCAGGUCACGGCGAGCUGACAGAGCAAACCUUAGAGGUGGAAAUGCACGUUGGUACUCUUGAGCAGGAACAGCUCCACCGUCAACCGGAAAAUCGUGCGAGCUUGGGGCGCCCUAUGUCUGCUAAUGACACCUCUUCACAAUCCCUAAAUUCCUUGCAGACAACACUACCAGCGGCCGUGCAGGAGAAGCAAGUCGUCGACUUACCCACAAAGAUUUCAGCCGCAUCUCCUCCCGCCAUUCAGCCUUCCCCACUACCUCAGAGUACCAGCAUAGUAUCUGCAACGGAUCCGAUCACUAUCGUGAGACACUCAACUCUGGAAGAUGUUCAAGGACAAUCCAGAGCACUAAGAAAAGUGUCCUACCGCUUGGGGGAGCUCUACGGCCACAGGGGUUCGGUCCGGGCCGUGGCAUUCUCUCCCGACGGCACCACCAUCGUGUCCGGUUCGGGCGACAGGUCAGUGAGGAUAUGGGACGCCACCACAGGAGGGCAGCUGCGGGUGCUCACCGGCCACAGAUAUUUCGUCAACAGCGUGGCAUUCUCGCCCGACGGCACCACCAUCGCGUCCGGUUCGGGCGAUAGGUUAGUGAGGAUAUGGGACGCCGCCACGGGAACGCAGCUAUGGGAGCUCGCCGGCCACACAGAUCCGGCGUACUGCGUGGCAUUCUCGCCCAACGGCACCACCAUCGCGUCCGGUUCGGUCGACAGAUCAGUGAGGAUAUGGGACGCCGCCACGGGAACGCAGCUACGGAAGCUCGCCGGCCACAGAGAUUUGGUCAGCAGCGUGGCAUUCUCACCCGACGGCACCACCAUCGCGUCCGGUUCGCGGGACAAGUCGGUGAGGAUAUGGGACGCCGCCACGGGAACGCCGCUAUGGGAGCUCACCGGCCACAAAUAUUUAGUCAACAGCGUGGCAUUCUCGCCCGACGGCACCACCAUCGCGUCCGGUUCGGGCGACAGGUCAGUGAGGAUAUGGGACGCUACCACGGGAACGCAGCUGCGGGGGCUCGUCGGCCACACAGAUCCGGCCUGCUGCGUGGCAUUCUCGCCCAACGGCACCACCAUCGCGUCCGGUUCGGUCGACAGGUCAGUGAGGAUAUGGGACGCCGCCACAGGAACCCCGCUGCGGAAGCUCGCCGGCCACAGAGAUUGGGUCAACAGCGUGGCGUUCUCGCCCGACGGCACCACCAUCGCAUCCGGUUCGCGGGACCAGUCGGUGAGGAUAUGGAACGUCGCCGUUGAGUGA